AUGAAAAAGAAAUAGGAUAGUCACAAAAAUAGCACUAGCUUAAGCGAGUAAGAUGAAAAAAAAAAUGCAGUUGAUUUAUAUAAGAAAGUGAUUCAAACUGAUAUUUACAAUGAAUAAGAGAGAAAUGCUAUUUUGUAAAUUGUAAAUAAUUAUAUUGACGAAUUUAACAACUAAUAAGAACCUUCAGAUGACGAAGAUGGUUUCAAAACUGUUGGGUAAUAGAAAAAAAGAAAUAAAUUUGAAGACUAUCACUCCUUUAAGUGGAAGGUUUAUAAUGAUAUUUAAAUUUCCUAUAAAGAUACAACUUCUUACAUUAAAAAAUAAUUACCUUAUUUUAAGAUGGAGCUCUCAAACAAGGAGCUCAAUAUCAUUUUGAACUUUUUAUCUACAGUGAUAAAUAUGGUAGAACCAAUUAUUUAUGAUGAUAUAAAACCUGUUGGUGAGUUGGUUAGAGAAAAUAAGUAUGUUAUUCAUAUUUAGUAUUUCCCUAGAAUAACCCUACAUCAAAGUUAUGAAUAUACUUUAAGAGAAAGAUUGCUUGAAGAUAAUAAAUAUAAGCAUUUUUAAAGAGCUUAGUAAAUUAGGCAAGGAUUAAUAAAGAAUAAUUUUUAAAAUUUAGACAGUAUUGAUGGUUUUUUUGAGGAUUUUCACGUAGAAUUUAAAAACAUCGCCUUUUUAGGAGAGGGUGAUGAAAUCAAAAAUAAAAAUAAUUAAGAAAGUUAGUGUGCUUAAAAGUUUAAAGAAGAUGAAUAAAAUUUGCAAGGAAAUACCUUCGAAAGUAAAGUUGAACCAAAUAAAUAAAUAAAAUCUUUAAAUAAAUCUCCUUAAUUUAAUUCUUAAAGCAACACAAACAACGGUGUUAAGUAAAAAUUUAGCUUAGAAGACUGCUAAAAAAAGCUCAUUUAAACGAUUGCUGCUAUGAUGAAUACUCAAGGUGGAUCAAUAUUUAUACCUAUUAAAGAAAACUAAAAUCUAGAGUAAGAAUAGCUGUAUUCUUUGGGAUCAAUACAAAUUACAGAAGAGUAACUAAAAAAUAAAAUUAAUAGCUUUUUUGACGAAAUAAUUUUUUAUCACAUGAAUGGAGAAUAAAUCGAAGAGCAAGAAAAGACUGAAGAUAUUAUAAAUCAGUUAAUACCAAACAUAAGCUCAAUUAAGGAUGAAGAAGGAAUAGUAAAAGUUUUUGAGAUAAUUGUAUAUCAAGUCUAUCCUUAGUAUAUUUGCAAUUUGGCACACAACAGAGCUUAAUCAGAAAAUAAUUUAAAAUUAAUUAAUUAAAAAGAAUUGAAUUUUGAAUUCCCUAUAAGAAGGAGCGCUGCUAAUUGCACAGUAGUCUUUUCUAAAGAUUAAUUGAAGCAAUCAUUGGAAAAGGCAACUCUCUUUACUAAGAUUCAAAAGAACUUAAGCGAAGAAGAUUAAAAUAAGCUAUUCAACUACAAAAAAAACCAUAUUAAAUCUUGA